AUGUGUGCAGUCCUUUCCUUACUUCACUUUGCCCAUCUCUACACUUUGGCUAAAGCCAAAAAGAAUAUUCCCGGUGUGAACUGUUUUAUUUUGCUACGACUCUUUGACACGACUGUUUCUUUGCAGCUGCAGCCAGAACAGUUAGACUGUGGAGCAGCCCACCUCCAGCACCCUCUGGCCAUCCUGCAACCCUUAAAGGCAACACCAGUGUUCAAGUACCAUGGCCUCACUUCAGUGGCAGUUGCCAGCGUCAAUAACUACACCGUUGUGUUUCUGGGCACAGCAAAUGGAGGACUCCUGAAGAUCAACCUGAAUGAAGCCAUGAAGGUUGUGAGCAGGAAGUCAAUUUCAGUGGCCUAUGGGGAGCCUGUCCAUCCCAUCAUGCAGUUCGAUCCUUCCGAUUCCAGCUACCUCUAUCUCAUGACAUCCUAUCAGAUGACCCGGGUGAAGGUGGCUGUCUGUAACCAAUAUGUAACUUGCACGGAGUGCCUGGCUGCGGCUGAUGCGUAUUGUGGAUGGUGCACAAUGGAGACCAGGUGCUCCCUGCAGCACGAAUGUAUGAAUUCUGCUGAGUCAAAUUUCUGGACGACUGCAAGUGAGGGUGUGGAGCGCUGUCCCUCUAUGACCAUCCUGCCAUCUGAAAUUAAUAUUGAUGACACAAACUCGGGCACGAUAAUCCAACUAAAUGGAAGUAUCCCAAUGCUGAACGGAACAGAGAUGUUUUGUGAUUAUGGAAAUAGUAUCUACACAGUAGCCAGAGCUGCCUCAAAUGAUAUAAUUUAUUGUGAUCUUUUUCCAAGAGAGAAAUAUCCAGCAUUCCCACCCAAUCAAGACCACGUGAUCAUUGAAACUGCACUCCGAGUCAACGGGAAAAAUAUCGUCUGGACCAAUUUCACCAUCUAUGAUUGCAAAAGAACUGGCAACAUUUACCCCAAGACAGCGUGUACCAACUGUCUCUCGACUAAAUGGAAGUGCCACUGGUGCUCCAGGAGAUACACCUGCGUUUCCAAUUCCUCCGAGUGUGAGGAUGCUCUACAUGUAAAGAGCAGCACUGACUGUCCGCAGGUUGUACCUGUGCCGCUAGAACCAAUGCCCACGGGGACGUCUCAAGACAUUACAAUCUCGCUGGCUAAUGCUGUUUUCUCCAAGGACACAGCUCUGGAAUGUCACUUCGGAACCGAUAGGACGUUUGAAGCCAGAUGGGUGAAUUCUUCAGCCAUUCAGUGCAACAGUGUUCUGCUCCACACAUCAGAGAAAAGCCAUAUCUUCCCGGUAAACCUUCAGCUGAAGCAUAGACCAGACAGAUUUAUUGACAAUCCACAGAUGAUGACAGUGGAGGUCUAUAAUUGUGCAACUGGAAGCACAGACUGUUCUCAGUGUCUGGGGAGGGAGGACCUGGGGCACCGCUGCACCUGGACUGAGAGCAGCUCCAGUUGCAGACUAAACACUGAAUCCCUGCAGACCUCAAACACGUGCCCUGCGCCUGAGAUUCAGAAGAUUGAGCCCCUGAGCGGGCCCCUGGAGGGAGGAACUCUGCUCACAAUACGAGGAAGGAACCUGGGCCGUAGGUUCAGCGAUGUCAUUCACGCUGUCAAGAUAGGGGGUGUGAAAUGCUUGCCACUCCAGGACAGAUACAUGGUCUCUGAGGAGAUUGUAUGCCAGACUGGAGAAGCCCCAGAUGUGUUCUCCGAUGUGGUGACAGUUAACAUGAGCAAAGAAGGGAAAUCCAAGGAGCGAUACACAUAUGUGUUGCCUGUGGUACACUCCGUAACUCCAAGUUUGGGGCCGAAAGCUGGAGGAACCAAAGUAACCAUCAGAGGGAAUAACCUCAGUGUGGGAUCUGAGCUCCGUGUCCUAGUCAACAACACCAGACAGUGCACAGAUAUCAGUCGUACUGACACCACCAUCACCUGCAUCAUGCCAGCAGUGGAGCGCACGACAGCUGCACGGGUCUGCGUCCAGUUUGAGAACAAGUCUUGCACAAAUGAUAACAUCGUGUUCAAGUAUGAGAAGAACCCAGUCAUAACAGACAUCACGCCAAAAAAGAGUCAGAUCAGUGGAGGCAGAAUCAUCACCCUGGAAGGAAAUGGGUUUGGGAUGGUUCAGAAUGUGUCAAUGGUGGUUCACGGCAUUGGAAAAGAAAAAACAAACUGUAAGGUUCACACCGACACUGUGAUUACCUGCCCCUCUCCAGCUGCCUCCAACCUCACCACAGGAAGCAAGCCAGCACCUGUGGACUUCUACAUCAAUGAGCGCCUCUACGCCGAUGACAGGCCAGCUCCCGAUGAGGACAUGUACCCCGAGGAGGCCAUGCACAUCAGCAAAUUCAGCCUGGAAUACUAUGCUGACCCUCAGUUCUUCACAGCCAGGAAGGAGAAGUGGAUCAAACACCAUCCCGGGGAGCCCCUGACUCUGGUUAUACAUAAAGAGUCUGACAACCUGGGCCUGGAAAGCAGCGAGUACCAAGUGAAAAUUGGCCUCAUUUCCUGUGAGAUACAGAUUGUUUCUGACAGAGUCAUUCACUGCUCAGUCAAUGAGUCGCUGAGCACCUCGGAAAGACAGCUGCCCGUGACGAUCCAAGUGGGGAAGUUCAACCAGACGAUUGCUAUGCUGCACCUCGGGGGAGGCGAGACAGCCAUCAUCGUCUCCAUAGUCAUCUGCAGCGUCUUGCUGCUUGUAUCUGUUGUGGCCUUGUUUGUGUUUUGCACAAAGAGCCGCAGGGCAGAGCGCUACUGGCAAAAAACACUGCUCCAAAUGGAAGAAAUGGAGUCCCAGAUCCGUGAGGAAAUCCGAAAGGGUUUCGCUGAACUCCAGACAGACAUGACAGAUUUAACCAAGGAGCUCAACCGCAGCCAGGGGAUCCCAUUCCUGGAAUACAAGCACUUUGUGACUCGGACCUUCUUCCCCAAAUGUUCCUCGCUCUAUGAGGAGCGGUAUAUUCUGCCUUCCCAGCAGCUCAACUCCCAAGUGGGGUCUCAGGUCCAAGAAACUCAUCCCUUACUGGCUGGAGAAUGGAAGAUUCCAGAAAACUGCAGGCCCAACAUGGAAGAAGGAAUCACACUGUUUUCCACCUUGCUCAACAACAGGCACUUCCUUGUUGUGUUUGUCCACGCUCUUGAGCAACAGAAAGAUUUUGCUGUUCGAGACAGGUGUAAUCUGGCCUCCUCACUCACUAUUGCCUUACAUGGGAAACUGGAGUAUUAUACCAGCAUCAUGAAGGACCUCUUGGUGGAUCUUAUAGAUGCCUCAGCUUCUAAAAAUCCCAAGCUUAUGCUGAGGAGGACGGAGUCUGUGGUGGAAAAGAUGCUCACAAACUGGAUGUCCAUCUGCAUGUACAGCUAUCUCAGAGAGACAGUUGGGGAGCCCUUUUUCCUCUUGAUCUGUGCUAUCAAACAGCAAAUCAACAAGGGCUCCAUUGAUGCCAUCACUGGAAAAGCCAGAUAUACCCUCAAUGAAGAAUGGCUCUUGAGAGAGAACAUUGAGGCGAAGCCAAGGAACCUCAACGUGUCUUUCCAAGGCUGUGGGAUGGACUCCCUGAGUGUCCGGGCCAUGGACACAGACACCCUGAGUCAAGUCAAGGAGAAGAUCCUUGAAGCCUUCUGCAAGAAUGUCCCGUACUCCCAGUGGCCGAGGGUAGAAGACGUCGACCUGGAAUGGUUUGCCUCGAGCACUGACAGCUACAUCCUGCGGGACCUGGAUGACACGUCCGUGGUGGAGGAUGGCAGGAAGAAACUCAACACGCUGGCACAUUACAAGAUCCCUGAAGGUGCCUCCCUGGCAAUGAGUUUAUCAGAUAAGAAGGACUCCACGCUAAGCAGAGUGAAGGAUUUGGAUACUGAGAAAUACUUCCACUUGGUUCUUCCGAGUGAUGAAUCUACUGAACAUAAGAAGUCUCAUAGGCAGAGCCAUAGAAAAAAAGUCCUACCAGAGAUCUAUCUGACCCGGUUGCUUUCUACAAAGGGCACCCUGCAGAAAUUUCUGGAUGACUUAUUCAAAGCCAUUCUCAGCAUCCGAGAAGACAAGCCACCUGUGGCCAUCAAGUAUUUCUUCGACUUCCUGGAAGAGCAAGCAGAGAAAAGGGGAAUCACAGACCCUGAUACUUUGCACAUUUGGAAGACUAACAGCCUACCUCUGCGAUUCUGGGUCAACAUUCUGAAGAACCCCCAGUUUGUCUUUGACAUCGACAAGACUGACCAUAUCGACGCCUGCCUCUCCGUCAUUGCCCAGGCCUUCAUUGAUGCCUGUUCUCUUUCUGACUUGCAGCUGGGCAAGGACUCACCUACCAAUAAACUACUGUAUGCCAAGGAGAUUCCGGAGUACAGGAAGAUAGUGCAGCGGUAUUACAAGCAGAUCCAUGACAUGCCGCCCCUCAGCGAGCAGGAAAUGAAUGCACACCUGGCCGAGGAGUCUCGGAAAUACCGGAAUGAGUUUAACACAAACGUCGCCAUGGCAGAAAUCUACAAGUACGCCAAGAGAUACCGUCCUCAGAUUGUGAAUGCCCUGGACUCCAACCCCACGACGAAGCGCACACAGCUACAGCACAAGUUCGAGCAAGUGAUUGCACUUAUGGAGGACAACAUUUACGAGUGCUGCAGCGAGGCUUAGCUGGCGUGCGGGACCAGACCUGCUCCUGGAAGUGACCUUUUCUCCAGUGCACUGUCUUUGCUAAGGAACAUGCCUUUCAGUGACAUCUCUAUAUUUAGAUAGAUACAUAUUUGGUUGUGUCAUUUGUGGUCAUUCUGAACCCCAGCCAGUGGCAGGCGCACACACCUGUGAGAUGGGCUGGCGAGGAAGGAGACACUGCCUACAGCUUUUCAAAGAGCUCAGAAUCCCUUUCAUUAUCUGCACUGCCUGGGACCCAUAAUUUAUUUGCUCUUUCAAGCCAGAAAUGGAGAGGUGAUGCUCGCAGUGAACUGACUACCUGCUUCCAAGCAGCCAUUGGUUUCCUGUGUUCCUGUUUCUAGAGAGAAAUGCCUUGUGGACUAGCAACAGAGUUAUGGAAGUGGUAAUGAUGGACAUGAGCAGUGGGGCAGCUGCAGGAAGCAAUGAACAGAGAUAUCAAGGGCCAUCAGGGCUCCCAUUCACAAUGUCCCUCUGACAUCUGUGUACUUUAAAUACCAGGGAAUCUAUUUACUGUACACUCUCUGCUGCAUUAGGUGUAUUUUGUGCCUUUUAUUUUUGUACUGUACGUUUAAACAGAACCACUCCUUCAUCUGAGACUUGUGCGAUAUGGGGAACCCAUGGACUGGGCAAUGUGAUUGCUUCCUAAGUAGUCAAGACAUGUGAAAGCACUUUACCCCUAACAGAAGUGGCUGUUAUCUAGCUGGAGGGAUUGCAUUGUACAUUAGGCAGCAUCACAAAAGGACAAACCAGUGCAGCUGUUCCCACUUCCCCACAUUUCCCAGAUGUUUCUGCACACACUGACCUGGAGUUUACAGCGGAAUUGACAAAUCUUCCCUAAAUAGCUGCCUUUCACCCCUGUGGUGACAGGAGUCAUUUACCCACAGUAGGAAAAUACAGACGACUGGGUCAAAGGGAAAAUUAUCCUUCCCUUUAUUACAUCUUCCCUAUGUGUGCAGGCUCACACACCACUCCCUCCCCCCCACUCCAACCAAAUUCUGUUCUCAGGGCAGAUCCAGAGUAAUGCCAUUGACUUUAACUGGACUUAUUUCACAUUCACACUAUUGUCACAGAACAGAAUUGAGCUGACCUCUGAACAUCAAGUGGGUAUUUAGAGUUCCACCUAAUCUAGGGUGGGUGCUACAAGGUUGAUACAGGCCUGAUCAACACAUUUUUGGCCUCCUAAGCAAAGAGGAAACGGGAUAUUCUGUUCUGCCUUAAACCACAGCAUUGCUGGAGUUACACAGGUAUGAUGCUGGAUUAACACCUUCACCUCAAUGCAGCUUUUCUCUAGUUACUCUGGAUUUACAUAAGGGCAGAGUUUCAUCCUCACGCAGGGUCCUAUUAUCCCUUCAGCCCAUCUAGCUGCAAAGGGAAUCACCAGGAGCUCCAGGCCUCUUGGCCCCUUCUUGCCAGGUGGGGGAAGGACCACACGCAUCCCAGCAUUCAUCCUGGGCUCCCCUUUUACACAGAUAUACAUAUCCAAAGCCCACACUCACCUCCCAGAAAAACCAAACUAACCUUGAACCUUUCUCCCUGGCUCUAGCCUUUGCUGAUGGCACCAAACUUUGACUGCCAAAUUAAAAGCAAAACUACUACCUCGCCAAAGGCAGGUUUCAAAGGGGAGUCUGCAAUCCUCGUUAACAGCCAGCUGAUCACUUGGAUAGGAACAAGCCAGCCAUUGAGCUCCUUGGCUCCAACAGACAUCCUCCUGGAGGACUCAUUGCCAUGAACAGUUGGGCUUUGUUUUCCUGUAGCUAGAGAUUUAACAAGUUGCACGCGUACUCCAGUGCAUUUAACAAAUGGCUUGCCCACAAGAGCAGAGAAGCACUGACACUGUGGAUGUUCCAGUGUAUUUUCUGAACAAGUGGCUUCAGAACAGAACCUUUAAGAAUGUAGCUGGGCUACAUGCUACUGAGAGAGAGAUUUAAAAAAAACAAAAAAAAACAACUUUUUUUUCCUUUACAAACUGUGAAUAGCUGCCAGAAACACACGCAGAAGUGAUGGGGAAGCUGCAGGUGACAUGUAUCAGUGGAGAGAGAGAGAGAGAGAGAGAGAGAGAAGGGUUUGCGUUUUGAGGAAGGAGAUGGCUUCAUGAGGGGAGGGCCCCAUGUCACAACACUGGAAAGCAGCUGGGCUCCUUAGCACUUGGUAUCAAGUGCUGGGCAUGGCUUGGCUCUGGCUGCCAGGAUUGGUGAGCACGCGCAGUGUGGCCUAUGCUUUAUUUCAUUCUUUUUCCAAAGCAAAAAAAACCAAACCCCAACAAAAAAACCAAACAAACCACACAAAACAAACAAGCCCACCAACCAUGCGCGCACACCCCACAGACCCCAGGAGCUAAAAUAUUCACUAAAACCAUUUAGGGUCAUUACUUCCAAGCCUAGAAAUCUGAGGGUUGUGUCAUGUUGCCUCAACCCCAAAUCCUUUGUGAUCUGCUUUUUUUAUGGCAUGGUGGCAUUGUGGGUCCCUUCCCUGCUGUUUGGUGGAAAUGGCAGAUUCUUUGGAAACUUCUCUUUGUAAUAAAACAAGGUGCUCAGA